ACUGAAAAGCAUGCGAAAUUGUAAAUUAAUCAUUUAUUGAUAGCGACACUGGUCGAAAAAUGUCCCAAGUGGUGGCCACCGCGCAAAGUACUGCGCCAGCUUCGGCUGGCAGCAGGCGAAGUGAAGUUGGCGUGGGUGUUAUUGGCAGCACCAUGCCCACUCGCUAUGGUGAAACGGAGUGGGAGGCACGGGAGUCCCAGCGACAGCGCGAGAUGGACGAGGCUAGGGCACGUGCAGCACAGCUGGAGAAAACAAUGAAAUGGUGGUCGGAUUGCACUGCCAACUGGAGGGAGAAGUGGAGCAAAGUGCGGACCGAACGUAACAAGGCCCGUGAAGAGUCCAAGCAAUUAAGUGUCAAACUGGAAUCCAGCAUGAAGGAGGCGCACUCUCUGAAACGCGAAAAAAAUGAUCUCGAGAUGCAGAUAACGCAGUUAAAGAAGGAAAUGGAGAAGGUGCAUACCCUUAUGCUGAAACAUGCUGGCCAAUUUCAUCGAGCCGAUACUAGCGAAGAUGCUGAGGCUAAUGGACGCGAUGCCAACUGUUCACCGGACAUAUCAUCAGAUGGCCUAAAAAAUGUGAACAGUGAGGAUGGCUUGGUAACGAAGCUAGCUGUGGGUGGUUCUGCAAACGAUGUAAAGGACCUGGACAUUGAGGAGUUUGCGCCAAAAGGCGCUGUGCCCAAGCACCUGGGCGAUAUGGACGAGGAGAAGCGUUUAAUACAACAGCUUUCCAAGGACGACUUUGACGAGGAGUAUUUGCUGCAAAAGAUUACAAUGUUGCAGCUGCGGUUGGAUGAGGCACAGAAAACGCUUCAGGCGGAACGCGACGAAAAGCUGGAUCUGAACAAGAACAUAGAAAAGCUAACCCACGAAGUGACGGAAGUUCGUGCACGCCAACAGGAAGCGGUGCGCCAGCUUUUGACGCUGACAGAGCAGCAUCGCGCAGAAAUGCGCAUUGUUAACAACUUACUGACUGAAGAAAUAGCAGCGCGUGAGGCUCUAGAACGAAGUCGUAAUGGAGCACGCACGGAACUGGAACAUUUGCAGGCCGAGAAUGCGGCCGAGUGGGGCAAGCGAGAGCGCUUGGAAACGGAGAAACUGGCGCUGGAGCGUGACAACAAGAAGUUACGUGCUGAAUUGAGGGACUAUCAGGAGCUUUCGGAUCGUAAGGCGCGUCCGAUGCAAUCCAACGAUGUAGAGGUGCGUGCUCUCCAACAAGACCUAUCCGAGCGCAAUAAGGAGCUCAACGAGGUGAAGAUGUCCCAUGCCAAGCUGAAGAAAAUGCUGGCUGAGCACAGCAUGGAAUUGGGCCACGCCGGGCGACGUGCUGAGCAAUAUGAGGCGGAGGUAAAGAGGCUGCGCCAGCGUGUUGAAGAACUGAAACGAGAGCUGGCCGGAGCGGAGGAUGAAUUAGAUUCGGCGGUCAAUCAAGUUCGAAGACUGCAGCGCAGCAACGAUGAGCUGGUCGGGCAGAACGAGGGCCUACAAAUGCAGAUAUCGCAUAUGCAAAACAGGCGUGCGCCGAGUCCACAAAUGCGUGGCGGGGGAGGCGGCGUGCAGUUGAGGAAUAAAAUAGCCGUCGAAUUGCCAAGCGAUUGUUUGCCAAACAUCAACGAUCUCCGGCAGAUCUUUGAUGACACACAGGCCGGAUUAAGAAACUCGCACAAUGGCAGCGAUGCUGCUUCACAUCAUGCGGCCUCAAUAAACAAACGGUCGAGCCAUACGGAGCGAACGCUACUCCAACAACAGCAGAACAGUGCUGCAUUCUUCGAUGCUAAACCAACGCAUCUGGAGGAGAACAUAUUUGAGUCGAAGUCGCGGAAUCUGGAGUUCGAACGCGCCAAACAGAAGUUCGACAAUCACAAUCCCAAUGGGGGGCACUACCAACAGCGCCAGCGCGAGCAGCGGCGUGGCGCCAGCGGGCGUUUCGGUAGCGCUACGACCUCCUCAGCGUCAGCGUCGUCCUCGGUCAAAGAUAUGAAUCAUCGCCAGCUGGGUGAGGACCAUGCUGCGCAUGGCUCGACGGUUGGCGGUGUUGGUGGUGCUGGCAUUGGUGUUGAGCACAAAAAAGAGCCGAUCUCUGGUGUCGGUGUCGGUUAUGCCAGGAACAGUGUUAAUUUAGAUGGUCUGAAGGUCUCCGACGAUGAGACUCCAUAGUUAUGGUUCAACUAGUUUGCUGCUGGAUGAUGAAACCGAGGGAAAUAGCGACUAAGAAAAGGCGGCGGAACAGAAAACAUUCGAUUGCAGUUUACGGUAUUAGGGCGGUUUUCUCAAUUGCUGGUUAAUCAGUAUAAUAAAAUAACUUAACUUGAAA